AGGAUUAAAGAUGGCCACCAUCAGAAUGAGACAGAGCUGUAACCACUUUGGGAUUAUGGCAUCAUUUGUGAUAUAUGGAUGAAAGAGGGCAAGGAGGGGUCUAUUGAUACUUGCCGGAUUCGCCGUUUUCCAUUCUUCUGGAAUAUUUCUGUAGCUGUCCUCAACUCGCUGGGCUGGCUGUGUCCUGACGAAGCCCCUCAAGAUGAACAUGGUGAAGAGGAUUAUGGGCCGGCCCCGACAGGAGGAGUGCAGCCCUCAGGACAACGCCCUGGGCCUCAUGCACCUGCGCCGCCUCUUCUCUGAACUCUGCCACCCGCCUCGUCACAUGACCCAGAAGGAACAGGAAGAGAAGCUGUACAUGAUGCUGCCUGUCUUCAACAGGGUGUUCGGCAACGCUCCCCCCGCCACCAUGACAGAGAAGUUCUCUGACCUGCUGCAGUUCACCACCCAGGUGUCUCGCCUCAUGGUCACCGAGAUCCGGAGGAGAGCCUCCAACAAGUCCACAGAGGCCGCCAGCAGAGCCAUAGUCCAGUUCCUGGAGGUGAACCAGAGUGAGGAGGCAAGUCGAGGCUGGAUGCUGCUGACCACCAUCAACCUGCUGGCCUCCUCUGGACAGAAAACAGUGGACUGUAUGACCACCAUGUCGGUGCCGUCCACGCUGGUGAAAUGUCUCUACCUGUUCUUCGACCUUCCCCACAUGGUGGAGGCCCCAGUGGCCCCCCAGCCCCCCCAGACCCAGCCCCCCCAGCCCCAGACCCCACCAGAGCUGCCCCUGGCUGACCGCAGAGCACUCCUCCAGAAGGUCUUUGUACAGAUCCUGGUGAAGCUGUGCAGCUUUGUGUCUCCUGCGGAGGAGCUGGCCAGAAGGAUGACCUGCAGCUGCUGUUCAGCGCCAUCACCUCCUGGUGUCCUCCCCACAACCUGCCCUGGAGGAGGAGCGCUGGGGAGGUCCUCACUUCCAUCUCCCGCCACGGCCUCAGCGUCAACGUCCUCAAGUACAUCCACGAGAAGGAGUGUCUGGCCACGUGUAUCCAGAACAUGCAGCAGUCAGACGACCUGUCGGCUGUGAGAUGGUGGAGAUGUUCUCUGGUCUGUCCUGCUUCCUGAAGGACUCCAGCGACGUGUCUCAGACCCUGCUGGAGGACUUCCGCCUCUGCCAGGGCUACACCUUCCUGCAAGACCUCAUGCUCAGGCUGGAGCAGGCUAAGGAGGAGGAGUCUCAGGACGCGCUGAAGGAGCUGGUGAGCCUGGUGACCUGUCUGACCACCUACGGGGUGUGCGAGCUCAAACCGGCCGGCCUCACCACCGGAGCACCCUUCCUGCUUCCUGG